AUGAUAUCGAGGCACAGAACUGGUUGGACCAUUUGAACGAGCGCCAGAAGUCCGAGGAGGAAGAUCUCCAACGGAAUAGGAAACGGCUGACUGACGAGUUAGAAAAAAUGCUGAAGCUGAUACCAUCCACCAUUCGCGUCUAAUCGAGGUGAGGAGCGAGCGGUAAAGAAGAAUCGAUCGGCAAGAGUAUGGAAUCGUGCGAAUGUUGCUCUCGUUGCUGCGGUAAAUCGAUUGUCCAGCGGAGCAAUGACGAUCUUCACAAGACUUGUCGAUUCGAACGCAUCACGGAAAAGUCGAAAACACCUUCUAGUCCGAGAAAAUACGCGCCUGGAUGUCUCAAAUCUCGAAGAAUUUUUGAAGAAGCGAAACAGCAUGAAAUCGCCUCCUGUGCCGACAAAUUUGCUCUGGCGAAGAGAUUGCACGCGGAAAACUUGCAGCAUCAGCCACUCCCGGACCGAGUAGAUGACUCCAUCUUCAAGAAAGGAUAUCACUCUUGUUCCGAUUGCGAACGAGACGCCGAGUAUCAGGAUCGAAAUGACGUUGCUGUUGCGACAUUGGAGACAGAGGACCAUCUGUUCGGGCCCGCACUCGGCUGUAAGAAGCCAAAGACUAGGAUGGACCUAGCGAUUUGUUGGGAAACGCCAAUGGAUCCAGUAUACGAGCCGCGCAGACCGACGCAUAUCGAUGGCUCCGAAGGUGGCAUGGCGCCGGCGAUUUUCGCCCUGAUCCAGCACACACCAGCACCGAAGAACCCUGAGCUCCUAAUCCGCAACGAAGGAAAGAGUGAACAUUACUCUAGUGCGAGACAGCAGGAGGCGCAGAAGAAGAAUCCGAAAAAUCAUUGUUGCUGUGAUUGCUCCUGCAACGAACCCCGUGAUAAACUUCCCCGAAGCAGGAAGUCGGCGCGAUCGAGUUCCGUGCCGCGCAUCACCGAGCGCAAGUGUGCCGCGUGCCAGGGCGGCAAGUCAGAAGCGGAAUCCGAGCGGAGGAAGAACCGAGAGGACCCAAGACUGAUCAGAUCCGCGGUGGGAGUUGCAAUCGGUCUCGAGCAGAGAUGCCGAACGAUGACGGGCAAUGACGGGGCGCGUAGGAAUGGAUUACCACCUACGAGGGUGACGGUGCCGCGGCCAAGGACCCCGUUCGCUAGACGCGCCUUCUGCAUUGACACUCUGGCGCCGCCGUUCAGCGUAGUGAGCGGCUGCCGGGAUGCCGAUUAUCCCGAGCAUUGGCGACUCAUGUCCGUGUAUCAGCAGUCCUACAGAAAUCCGCAGAAACGAAAGACUCGCCGCUUUUGAUCGAAACGGAAGAAAUCUAGAGAAGAGUUCUGACUUGUUGUCGAAUUGAUCCUUCGAAUGUUGAUUUUUUGAGAUACAAUUAUGAUUCUUAUAAGAAACAGUUGCUUAUCAGUUUGUUUAUUGUUGAUUGUUAAUUUGUUACAAUAACGAUGAGAGUUCAAUAAUUCCGUUGAAUUGUUUCGAUAUAUCGUUAAACAAAUAAUUAACUGCCAUUAGCCAUUUUCUGGCAUAAUAAAACGUUGUUAUAAUUAGUAAUAAACUAUAAACGUAAAAUAUAACUAAUAUGAAAAACAAUAAAAAUGAGAUGAAUAAGAUACUGAAAA